CGAUAAAACCCGGUUGACUGACAAGUCGAUAAGCGCCUCAUAGCGUACUUAGAACGAACAUUUUUGUUAUUAAAGAAAGGACAAUAUGAGCUGGUGUAGUGAAAAUAGUGUUGUAUUAGUGAGAGUAUAAGGAAACAUGCCUGCUGGGGUCUGCUUUAACUGCCGAGGACGUGAGGAGGCUAGCCAAUAGUGCGCAUGCGCAUUGUUACUUUUUUGUCUUUAGUGAUUCAUCUUGACCAGUGAGGUUGGAGUGUGCCUCUUUGGUAAAAGUUUCAGUUUGUAUAAAUAGCGGGUAAAGGACAGGGGUCACUAGAAGAGUUACAGUGGUGGUACGGACAAACAACUACUGUCAAACUGUUUGGCUUUUCUCGGAAGACGCAGAUCCAGCUGCGUAGUUGUUAAGGUGUGCGUGCGUGUGUGUGCGUGCGUGUGUGUGUGUGGGCAAGUACGCUAGCUGUGUGUGAGGAUGAGGCUGAGCGGUGUGCUAGUGUGUGUGCUCCUGCUUUGGGUUGAAGGGUCCUGGGGUGACACACCAGCCAACUGCACAUAUGAAGAGCUGCUGGGGACAUGGGUGUUUCAGUUGUCUAAAGGAGGACACGACAAAUCCAUCAACUGCUCCGCUGAAGCUACAGGUAAGAGCUCUGUGACUGUGACCCUGGAGAAACUGUCUGUAGCCACAGAUGAGCUGGGGAACACCGGCUUCUUCACCAUCAUCUACAACCAGGGCUUUGAGGUGGUCCUCAAUGGAUACAAAUGGUUCGCCUUCUUCAAGUAUUCUCAGGAGGGCACCAAGGUGACCAGCUACUGUGACCAGACCCUGCCAGGGUGGGUCCAUGAUGUCCUGGGAAACAACUGGGCCUGUUUUGUAGGGAAGAGGGUGACACCAGUACCACCCCGCACAGAUUACAAACCACUCCUCAGCAGCAGGCUGCUCCAGAAGCCGUACAAACACAACCUGGACUUCAUUGAUGCCAUCAACUCGGUUCAGAAUUCUUGGAAGGCUGUGGCCUACCCAGAACAUGAAAUGUACACUCUGCAAGAGCUGCAAUAUAGAGCAGGAGGGCCCGCCUCCCGUAUCCCCAUACGUGUUCGCCCCAUGCCUGUGAGAGCUGAAGUAGCCAAGAUGGUGGCAGCUCUACCUGAGCACUGGGAUUGGAGAAACAUCAACGGUGUUAACUUUGUCAGCCCUGUGCGAAACCAAGCAUCAUGUGGUAGCUGCUACUCUUUUGCCACCAUGGGAAUGCUGGAAGCUCGCAUUCGAAUCCUCACCAACAACAGUGAGACUCCCAUCCUCAGCCCACAGCAGGUGGUCUCCUGCUCUGAAUAUUCUCAAGGUUGUGAUGGUGGAUUCCCAUACCUGAUUGGGAAGUAUACACAGGAUUUCGGCGUUGUGGAAGAGUCAUGCUUUCCAUAUGUUGCAAAAGACACACCAUGUGGCCUGCCUAAAAACUGCGGCCACAUUUACACAGCAGAGUACAACUAUGUUGGUGGGUUUUAUGGCGGCUGCAGUGAGGUGGCCAUGAUGUUGGAACUGGUCAAGAAUGGACCGAUGGGAGUGGCCUUUGAGGUCUACCCUGACUUCAUGCAUUAUAAGGAGGGCAUCUACCACCACACAGGCCUCGCAGACAGCUUCAACCCCUUCGAGCUGACUAACCACGCUGUGCUGUUGGUGGGGUAUGGCCGCUGCCACAUGACCGGACAGAAGUACUGGAUUGUUAAGAACAGCUGGGGCACCACCUGGGGUGAGGAUGGCUUCUUCCGAAUCCGCCGGGGAAGCGAUGAGUGUGCUAUUGAGAGCAUUGCAGUCGCAGCCAACCCUAUCCCCAAACUGUAGAAGCUGUACGCUCAGGAUUGGGAGGAAUGGGUGUCCUGAAGAUGAGUAUCAAUAGUGCCACUUUAUUCCCUGUGUAACUGGGCUGUUUCAACGUGUGCAUGGGAGGUUGGAAAUUUGAAGCUAAAAUCUGUAACUUCUCACAGUAGGUGACAUCAUGUAGCACUGUGUCUUCUUCCUUCCUAAUCCAACAAGCAGAUGUCAAGUACUGCAGUGCAAAAAAACUGCAUGACAUUAAAAUGAGAAGUUAUGAAUUUUCAGCUUUAAUGCCAAUAUUACAUAUGACUAUGAAAUAUAUUAAAGGGAAUCCACCCAAAACCAAAAGUAACAGAUUUCAUCAGUCAGAAUAAUUGAAUUUGAACAUUUUCUAAGCCUAAAUCAAGACUUUUAAUUCUGAUUAAUCUCCUGUCUCCUUUCAAAUGCUGAAAUGUUUACAGUAGUGGAUCCAGACAAUUUUAUUGGAAACCUGAAACGUAGCCACUGGUUUUUGUCAGCCCCGGCCUCACCCACAGAGCAGAUCUGCUUAGUCAGGAAGGUGAUGGUUUAUGGGAGUAAAAUGUAAUGAGAGACAAAACCAAAUUCAGAAUUACUCAGUGGAAAACUUUUAAUAUCCAAUCUCUAAUCCAGUCACUGUAGAUGUAGGACACAACAACUUCUGUUUUAUGGUUAAUUUCUGAAAGUAUCAAUGCACACCAUGUUGCAUCCUUCUUUUUUGUUUCCUAAUUCCAGCAAUCAUUGAUUUAGCUAUCUACAAAUGAUUUAAAUCAAGCUGUAACUGCCAACACAAACUUUUAAAAUCAGUCGAAAUAGAUUGGUACAUACUGUGACAAAUCACGACAGUAGUAAAUUCUAACUGCAACACUGAAGGGAAUUGAGGAGUGAGCAUUUGAAUUUGUCUGUUGGGUGCAGGACAUUGGCUCUUUGUCUCAGGGAAACACUGGAGAAUUGGCAUUUUUCUGUCCUUGCAUCAAGUUUAAACUAUGACUGCCAUGUUUCUCUUUGUGGGGCAAAUUGUAAGACUUCCCUUGUGGAGAAUUUAAAAGGGAUUUUAUAAUCAGUAAAGGGAUGUAAUUGAUUGUAGUGCCUUUUAGCCUGUCUCCCAUUGAUAUGUUUCAGAGUAAGCAUUUGUUUUACAUUGUAUUGUCAGAUUUGCACUGUUUUGCUAAAUCCGAUGGAAUAAAAGCAUUUCACGAA